GAUUUUGCAAGGUUUUGAUCUCAGCCCGGGUGAAAGUACCACCUAGAAGUCAACGCUCAGGGUAAAGCGGCCCAUAACACACAGGAGAGGGUGUCUGACUUCCUGGUUGGAUCUGCAUUUUGUUGUCCCGCUGCCCGCAGAGCUUUCUGGAUCUGACGGGAGGAGCGGCAGUUCGACAGCACCUUGUGUCAGGUCACGUUUAGCUGACUGUUAGUGAGGAUAAUUAACACUUCUUUGAAAACGAGACAGCAACGAGAGCGGCAGCCGAGUCGCUGGGGCCGUGGAGGGCAACUGUCCGAAGAUCGGUGAGGUUAGCUGGGAUUGAGCUAACGGACGCAGCGGAGGGGCAGACAGGCGUGUGUGGAUAGUUUGGGGUGUCUGAACUCUACAAGCCUCUAAACUACACAAAGAGUUUAAGAAGCGUCCGUCGAGAAAGGCAAGAGAGUGCGAGUAUGUGGUUGGAGCCACAGGCGCUUUAGGAUGAAGAGCCCGGCGCACCGCACCAGGGACAUUGAGCGCCAAGCUGGCUACCUGAAGCGCGAGCACUGCACCCCUCCUCCACCGCGCACCGGCUCCGACACCAUGUGGUUCAUCCGCGACAGCUGCGGCAUCGUGUGUGGCAUCAUCACCUGGCUCCUGGUCUUCUACGCCGAGUUUGUGGUGGUGUUCGUCAUGCUGCUGCCUGCCAAGAACGUGGCCUAUAGCCUCUUCAACGGGGUGCUGUUCAACGGCCUCGCCUUCCUCGCCCUUGCUUCCCAUGCCAAGGCGAUGUGCACAGACCCGGGUGCUGUGCCUAAAGGAAACGCAACCAAAGAGUUCAUUGAAAGUUUGCAGCUCAAACCAGGACAGGUGGUGUACAAAUGCCCCAAGUGCUGCAGCAUCAAGCCAGACAGAGCUCACCACUGCAGUGUGUGUAAACGCUGCAUCAAGAAGAUGGACCAUCACUGCCCCUGGGUGAAUAACUGUGUCGGAGAAAGCAACCAGAAAUACUUUGUCCUCUUCACAAUGUACAUUGCACUAAUAUCCUUCCAUGCGUUAUUCAUGGCGGCCUUCCAUUUCGUUUUCUGCAUUGAAGAAGACUGGGCGAAGUGCAGCAACUUCUCUCCACCAGCAACUGUCAUCCUCCUCAUCCUCCUCUGCUUUGAAGGUCUCCUCUUUCUGAUCUUCACUGCAGUCAUGUUUGGGACUCAGGUCCACUCCAUCUGCACUGAUGAAACGGGUAUCGAGCAGCUGAAGAAGGAGGAGAGGAGAUGGGCCAAAAAGUCUAAAUGGAUGAACAUGAAGGUGGUGUUUGGCCACCCAUUCUCUAUAGCCUGGCUGAGCCCCUUUGCAACACCUGACCAUGGAAAGGCAGAUGUGUAUCAGUAUAUAGUGUGAAAGCUGGAUUCUAAGUGUCUGCGGACAUAGACUGAUCACUCUUGCCUGGAGCACAAACUUCUCUUAACCACUUCUAAAUUUUCUUUCUUCUAGGAACUAUUGAUAUUUCAGGGUGUUUUGCUGUAAAAUGUGUUUUUCCUUUUUAAAUUUUGCCGUUGCCCUUUCCCUGUUUUGGUGCUGACUGAGAUUAACGAGGUGUAGCUGCACAAUACAGCACUCUUAAGCUAUGCAGCAGCAUCUUGACAAGAAGCAUCUAAUGAGACUCUGGCAAAACACAACAAGAGACUAAGUUUUGCAUUCGCUGGAGUGAAUAUGCCUGCAGUAUCUUCAAUCAUCUCCUACUUCUAAGACUACACAAUGUGAACUCAAGUCCUGAAUGUUUCUACUCAAAGAAGCACAGCAUGGUUGCCACAAUGAACACCUGGUUUUGUCUUCCUGUAAAAAAUGAUCCUUUUUCCUUCAUUUGCUUUAUUAAUGUAGUCGCGGUAGUCUUUUUGCUGAAUGCUGCGGAUGAUUUGCCUUGAACAGAGCAUUAGCGAGCAGUGGAAUCUGCUUUUUGUAAAGCUAUUUCUAUUUAUUUGCCUUAAUGUGACAGUUCAGGCUCACACUUGUUAAUGCUACUUGUUUCCUCUUUUUGAUGCCAGAGAAAAGUAUGUUUGUCCAUUUCAUUUUUCUUUUUCUUGCAUUACUGCAAUCAAAAGACAAAUGUAACGCCUAACCUUUCUGGCAAGAAAUCACAUUUUGGAAAAGUUUUAAGUGUUUUUCAAGAGGAUUCUGAAAAUGGAGAACAGCAAUAACCUCACGGUGGCUGGUUAAAGUUAUAACCCUUAAGAUUUCUGUGCUACUUGGUCAGUUUAUAUUGCACUAAAUGCUCGCUGAGCAGUGUUUGUAUCUGCCAACAGAGCAUCCAGGUAAAACAAGGUUUCUUUUCAUUUUCUACAAGUAACCCGAGUCUUGCAGCGCCUAUCUUCUUAUGAUUUUUUUUUUAUUAUUUAAAACCAAUCCAGCGUCACAACAUCUAGAAAAAGUCUGAUCGGGUCGUGAAGGUUAGAUCAUAAAAUGCUAAGCCAAAGGCAAUUUGAAGAUUAAACUCUGACAAUCACUUUGCGUUAGCUUCACAAUAAAACUUCCUUUGUGUUUGGCCAGCAGAGCAUGUAAGAAAUGUUGCAUUAGAUGCAUCUUAAACAGCUGGUACAGAUGCUAGCACUGACUGAAUUAAGCACUUCCACUUGCUUAUGCUGGCAGUUUAAAUUGUGCAUGAUUAAUUGCGUAAUCUAAGACUAACAAGAAAUCUGCAGCUCUGCCGUAAAUAUUACCUUAACCUUUCAAGCCUUUUGUUUUUUGAUGACCUUCAUAGAAAUCAUCAAUAUGUGUCUUACAGAGAUGAGAUUUAAAGGAGGAAUAUUGGGAAAUUUAUGUUUUUAAAUACUUUUUUUUUCCCCCCCUUUCUUUGAACAAGUAAUGAAUGCCGAAAGUUUAAACUAAACAUUCAGAUCACCUUCUAAUAUUGUGAAGGUCCUCCUCGUGUUGCCAAAAAUGCUCUGACCCAUUGAGGAAUUAAUACAUGACCUUUAAGGUGGAUCUUGUGGCGUCUGGCAGGACAGCAUUUGGGUCCUGUUGGGUUUCAGGGUGUGGCCUCCAUGGAUUGGGCUUGUUCCAGUCACAUGAUUGGAUGCUUGAUCCACUUCUGAUCUGGGGAGCUUGGACUCCAGGUCAAUGCUUUGGGCUCUUUGUUGUGUUCAUCAAGCUGUUCCUGAAUGGUUUUUACAGAGGGCUCGGGCACGUUGGCAUGUUUGUGGAGGCUGUUUUGCUGUAACAUUUAAGUGGGUGGUACAUGGGAAAGUAACAGCCAUGUGAAUGCCAAUCUUCCCGGGUGCCCAGCAGAUCAUCUCACGUUAAUAAAAUGAGCAAUGCUAAUUACUUGGUCUCUCAGUGAAUUUAAUGUUGUGACUGAUUGGAUUAUAAUAGAAUAGCUGUGUAGAAUUUUAUGGCAGAGCUGUGUUUAAUUACAUUAGACUACCUAAUAAG